AUGUCUCUCAUUCGAUAUAAUCGUCUGUUAUUAUUAUCAACACGAUCACGAUUGAUAACGCCGACAAGUCUGUCGUCGGUCGUCGUUCGUCAUGCUACGGAAAUUCGUUCACGAAAAGUGAAACAAACCGGUUCCAAUGUCAAACCACGAAAGAAUACUGUCAAUCCCAUCGCACAAAUCAAGAACUUAGGCGACAAAGCAGCCAAGAUACUUUCCAAUGAAAAUUUGGAAGCAAUAUAUAACCGUUUCGAUCCCUUACGAGAAAAUAUGUCAAAAGAUCCAGCCUUUCUCGACGAAAUAGCAACAGUGAAAAAUCCAUUGCAAAAUAUUAUUCAAUUGAAAGAUAACGACAUUCGAUUUAGUAAUCGUAUCAUCAAAGCAAAAAAUCGACAAGAACGUUACAAGAAAGGUUACAUCUUGUUGGAAGGAAAACGGCUGAUUGCCGAUGCAAUUCAAGCUGGUGCUGACCUUCUUACAAUAUUUACCACUGAUCGAAAAAUUCUCGAUACAAUCGAUUUCUCAACGACAGAUCUUAACUUUAAUGUCUAUCAAGUUUCCGCCAAUGCAUUUCGUACUUGGUCUGAUGUCCAAACGAGUCAAGGUAUUAUGGCUAUAUUUGCCAUGCCACAGCCAGAUACAUGUCCAUUUCAGCAACGUAUCACUCUUCCGAUAACUGUUAUUUGUGAUAAUGUUCGUGAUCCGGGCAACAUGGGAACUAUCAUUCGGACAUGUGCGGCCGUUGGCUGUGAUCGUCUACUAGCCAUCAAGGGUUGCGUAGAUAUUUGGGAUCCGAAAGUGAUUCGUUCCGGCAUGGGAGCACAUUUUCGUUUACCGAUUGUGAAUGAUGUUGGAUGGGAAACAAUUGUUGGCCAUCUACCUGAGAAUAGUAAAGUUUAUCUUGCAGAUCGUAUAUAUUCAUUUGAAAAUAAAGUAUUAGCCGAUGACAAUCCAUCGAAACAAAUGUUCGAAGAAAUGUUAGAAAAACGUAAACAAAUGAAACCAUCUGAACCUACUGAAGAUCGUUCGUAUUCAUCGGCGAGUAAUCGUUUUCUCCCAUUGUACAAAAAUAUUCCUAUCGAGUGUCAAUCCUUGUGGUCCGCAUUUGCAAACAUAAAACCAACUGAUCAUUCAACAGUCAUUGUCGGCGGAGAAACAGAAGGUGUUAGUCUUCAAGCAAGAAAACUAACCAUUGAACGCGAUGGAAAGAUGGUCUAUAUACCACUACUGAAUGAUGUGGAAAGUUUAAACGUUGGUAUUGCGUUGAGUGUUGUUUUGGUUGAAUUGAGAAAAUAUUACGAAGAUAUCGUACAGAAAUCAUAUGCAAUAACAUCGAAAGAUACUUAG